AUGUCACUGAUUGAGGGGUGGCUCCCGCCGACGCGGGAGAACUGGGAGACCAUCACGACCGUGUGGCAGCUUUCCUGGCCAGUGUUUGGCUCUCUGCAGUAUGUCAUCAACUGGUACGGCAUGGGCAAGACCUCGGUCACAAGCCGCCUCAACAUCCCUGGCCGCCUGGCUUGGUUCCUGAUGGAGAUUCCAGGCGUCACGACGUUGCUGUACAUCAUGAGCACCCUGCCGCGACAGGUCGGCAUUGACGAUCUGCCGUGGCAGAAUAAGGUGCUCGCUGGGUUAUUCACCAUCCACUACGCCUACCGUGCCGUACUAUUUCCGAUCCUCCAACCCUCAAUGUCCCCAAUCCACGUCGUCGUCGCCUCUUCGGCCGUCCUCUUCCAGCUCAUGAACGCUACAUGCCUGGGAAGCUACCUCGCCGCCUACGGCCCGACCACAGCCUCAGCAUGGGACUCUGCCCUCGGCCGCGGCGGUAUCGCGCAGUUUGUCGCGGGCAUCGCCGUCUUCUACGUCGGGUUGACGCUGAACUACUUCCACGACGAGGAGCUGCGCGAGAUCCGCAGGGCGGAGCAGCGGCGUCAGGCCAAGAUUGCGAAGCAACAGAAGCUGGAUGGCGACGAUGUCAAAGUGCUGGAAUACAAACACGCGUCAUCGCGCGACAUGGGACAUUACCGGAAAUCUGUAGCCCUCAAAGAGCAUAUUCAUCCCAAGGACCCUCAGAGUAGAAAUGACUUACUCAAUCUGGCGCGGGUCAACGGCCGAUUCUCAGACAUCUGUGCCGAAAUUCUCUACAGACGUAUCGUCGUUAUGGACGACAAGGGGUUGAUAAACUCACGCACGCUACGAAACACACUGUUCUCGUCAGGAGCCGACCUUCAGCAAAGGGUUAGACAACUACGGAUAGACUAUGAACACAACACUGGGGUAGGGCUAAUUGUGCCACCAAAACUAUUCGACCCUUCCGGAUUGACCCGAUUGAGGACUCUCGAGCUCUCCGGCGACGUGGGACGCUAUGGAGGGCUAUGUAUACGGCCCCUGGCACACUGGUUCAGCGCCAUUCCCAAGCUUCCCGGUCUCGAGCGUCUGGUCUUGAGACACCUGGACAAUGUGGUCUGCGACUUCAUAGAGGCCGAUAUGCCCGCCUUACCGCGGGUCACGGAUCUGUGUCUCUACAGCUGCGAUAUUGGCAGAGGCGGCUUCUAUUCCCAAAAGGACUUAUUCCAAUGCUUCCCAGCGCUGCGCACUCUUAUUAUCGGACGUAGCUGGAACAUCGAGCUCCCGCACGACGCUCAAGCCUUUGCGCUGUUUGCAGACACGUUGGAGACGUUUACUUGGUGCGAUUUGGGAGCCUCAUAUUCCUGGCAUACCAGGAACUUCUCAACAUUGGCGUAUCCACUACAGGCGCGUGGGCUCAGGGCGGUGAAGCACCUCAAGGUGACGAGUCUGCUGGAGCUCAUGUGUGGCGACGACGACAGCUGCGCUACUGGAAAGACUGUUGAGACGAUUGAGCUUCUCGAUGGCAGAUUUGACCUGAGACAUGUGCCUCAGCUGCUGACGAAAGAUGGGAGAUGGAACGGACUCGAUGAAUCUGCUUGGCCAAAGUCUUCACCAUAUCCUUGGCCAGAUUAUAAGCCAGACUCGGAGGAGCCGAGUUCGGAAGAGAUGGAGAUGUUGCUCAACUUUCUGUUCAGAAAGUGCCGGGAUGUGUAUAAGCAGGUCCGAGUUCUUGACAUUCGGGCCAUUGCUGAUGAUGAUGAGACGUGCAGAACGGAGGAAGAGAGAGCCCUCUUGCGCAAGCUUGCGCUGGAUUAUGUCAGAGUUUUCAAAGAGGAACUUGACAUCGUCUUGUUGCAGGGCUUGUCUGGUUGA